GUCCGGCGUGCACACCGCGAAAACCCUCCACAAUGGCUGGCUGUCACAGCUCAACUGAGCUCAACUGGCUCAACUGGCAUUGGUCAAUGGCCGCUAGCCAGCGCUUGGCUCCGGACUCGGUGAGAGGUGGUGGGGUUUUCAGUGGUGAUGGUUCCGGAAGGUCGGUUAAACCCUCCUCCGGCCGUCCCAUUUCCGGGCAUCUCUGUCUGCAGACAGGCACCCGGACGUUUUCCAGGGUCCCUGGUCCUCAUCGGCCACACAGUAUUUGGAACAGUGUGUACCUCCGCGUCGUGGACAAAAUAUCAUCUCAAGGCCUUUGAAGAUAAGUUAUUGUUGAUAUAUCUUUGAAAACAGCCAAUAGGCCUUUGAUGAUAGCUGACGUAUGCUUGAAGAUCUAUUGACUGUCUUUUCGUAUGUCUACUUCGUACCGGGCUGUCUUUGAAAGUCUAUUGAAUAUCAUGUUUUAGGGCCCAUGCUCUGCAUCAGUCUCCAUUUACUGUCCAACAUAACGCCCCGUUUUCAUCCUUCCACUGGCGAGCCUCGUGCAUUUUUCUGCGCAACCGAAACUUUGGAGCUGUCCAAGGGCCUUCAUUAUAUGACACUUCGACAACCUCUUUUUGAUCCCAACUCCGUUGCGCUACUUUUCUGUCUCGCCCAGCCAGUCCUCAACUUCGCCUGUCUAUCCGCAACAGAUACGGUCCCUCCGUUCCGUCCUUCUUCACCUGCGACUUGACACCUGUGCCUCGCCGAGAGAAACGAAACGCGCGCGCAAUGGACGGACGUAGCACGAAGCGGUCUCGCUUUGACCAGACCGAGCCGGAGCCUCGCCGUCCCUCGAGAUUCGACCGUCGAUCCCGUUCGCCGCCGGGGCGCAAGCCCGACUCGGAUCGCGAACGUGAGCGCAGCCCUCUUUCUCGGCCUCGCGACGUGCCUACCGGUCCCAAGUCCCCAGUUGAUCCCGCUGCUGCUGCCGCCGCCGCCGCUGCCAAGAUCAACGCUCAGCUACAGGCCCGCAAGGGCAUCCAACAUGUCGAUGUCCCACCCGUCCGGUCCGCGUCGUCCGGCAAAGAAGGAAGCGCCGGACCUGCCCUCAACGGGGAGGUGUAUGUUGCCGAUGGCGACUUUAUCAAGGACAUCGAAGUGAACGAUCUGCGCAACCGCUACCUUCUGACCAAAGGCUCGACCCAGAAAAUGAUUAAAGAUGAAACUGGUGCCGAUGUCACCACUCGCGGAAGCUACUUUCCCGACAAGUCGAUGGCCACGCCGGCGAACCCUCCUCUCUACCUCCACGUAACGUCCACGACCAAGGAAGGCUUGGACAAGGCAGUGGCCAAGAUCGAGGAGUUGAUGAAGCAGGAACUCCCCCAACUUGUCGAUGAGCGCCGCUUUCAGCGCCGCCACAACCCCGAGCAGCCGCCGGUCGAGCGUGACGAGUUUGGCCGACGCAAAUGGCCCGAGGAGAAGAUAGCAAUCACGCUCGAGUCGGUCCCAGGUUUCAACCUGCGCGCUCAGGUUGUUGGACACGGUGGCGCAUACGUCAAGCAUAUCCAGUCGGAAACUGGGUGCCGUGUUCAGAUCAAGGGCCGCGGGUCCGGAUACAUCGAAUCCUCCACGGGCCGUGAAAGCGAAGAGGACAUGUACCUCCAUGUUGCCGGCCCCGAUCCGCUCAUGGUCAAGAAAGCAAAGGAGCUCUGCGAGGAUCUGUUGGACAACGUAAAGCAGGAGUACGAAGCAUUCAAGAGUCGGCCUCCUCCCCAGCGACAUUACAACGGCGGAGGUGGUGGUGGUGGCUACGGCGGCGGUCGAGGUGGUGGCGAUUCAUUCCAUGGUCAAUCAUACAACCGCGACAGUCACAGUCACCAUAACAGCAGCCACAGCCAAAGUCAUAGUUACAGCAACUCCCCUGCCCCUCCGGCAGCCUCUUCUUCGGCAUCUCCUGCACCAGCGGCCAGCACUCCCACAGCAACGAACCCGGCUGACUACGCCGCUCAGUACGCGCAAUACAUGCAGUACUACGGCAGCGCGGCAGCUGGUGCUGAUCCGUACGCGGCGUAUGGAGGGUAUGAAGCGUACAUGCGAAUGUACCAGCAAUGGAUGGCAAGCCAACCACAGCAAGCCCCCGCUGCCCCAGGUGCAUCUGCAUCUCCCCCUCCUCCUCCACCAAGCGAUGCGGCGCCUCCCCCACCGCCUCCUUCCUCGGCUCCUCCCCCUCCCCCACCAGGAGGACCCCCAGGCACCUCUGGUGGGAUGUACAGCGCGCAACCUCCACCUCCGGGGCUCUAAAGAAGGCAAUGAACAAAGAAAAGGAAACUACCUACUUUUUGGAAUUGGGGGGGCGCCCUCAGCGAUAGUCAAUAUGCCUCGGUAGAUUAGUUACUAUGGCUCUAAAAUAUAAUCAGGACGCCCCUUGGCCAGACUUGACACGCCUUCGAGCACGGUCAAACACCUUCAAAUACCGUGAAUAUGCCUUGAAUGAUGGUCGAAGGCCUUUCCGUUAUUUUUGAAGGGCUUGCCAUUGAAGAUAGUCCGCAUACCUUCCAAGCUAUUGAAGAGGAGUUUGAAGAUAGUUGAGAGGCCUUUUGCAACAUUUUGAAGCCUUGGUUUUACAUGUAGUCAGUCUCCUUCCUCAUGCUGUCAUGA